AUGGGUGGUGACAGUUCCCCUGAGUACAAGACUCCCCCGGAAAGGAUUUUUGAAGCAGAUAGCGCGGGUAGUGCAGCACAUACAACAGCUGAUACAGCAAGUCAACAGGCUGAUGUAGCAGAGGAAAGUGCUGCUACACUUCAAAGGGCUCGUGCAGCCAUACAAAAUGCCAAGGAAGACAAGCUACGGGCUCAGGAAAAUGCGAAGAGAGCACGGGAAGAAGGGGAACGGUUUAGAGAGGAAUUGGAGGUGGAGAGGGAACGAUCGAGACGUACGACAUUUGGAGAAUUCCUUCAAUACUGCCACAUCAUAUUUUCAGAACCCCUUAGAGUCGAAAAACUCACUCGCUGCACAAAGGGAAAGAUUCCGCAGCCCAAAGGAAAAUACUGCCCCUUGAAGCUGGAGCUAUGGAAAAGUUGUGAUACCGAGCAACAGAAGAUCUACCGGGCUGUUCGUUAUUACCUUGAGCCGCCAGGAAGUGCUGCAUUAAGACUCUUCACAUCUCGUCUUGGUUUGGAAAGCAUGGGCGAAUAUUUUGACAGGCCAAUAGGCAGUGAGCGAGAUGUGGCAGCUUUUGAACAGUUUACCGUGGAGAGCCAAGUCCAGAAGAUUCUUACGGAGCUCUGCAAUAUACCGGCCGCAAGAGCUGAAUUUCGUUUGGGCAGUGGAGUUCGGUUCGACAGUCAUGCAAAUUGUCUUGAUGAUGUCGAAGCCGACAAACAGCAAGACCGGACAGCGGACGGAAAGGACGAGGAGUUAUCAAAUUGCCAGCAUCUGAGACCAGAACAAUAUUGCAUCUACCAAGUCGAUGGUGGAAAUAACAAGCUGAUAAUGACAGUUGGGUACAAGCCACCGCAUAUACUCCAUGUCGAAAAUAUCCGCUUGGGACUGCGUCCCAUGAAAUUCUGGAAGGAGAUACUGGAUGCUAAAACCAUUCCCAACGAUCUGGAAAAGAAGAUAGAGUAUGAUGCGGCUUUUCUAACCGGUUCCGCUAUUGUUCAAGCGUAUCAUGUUAUGAUAACGAAGGGACUUGAGUAUUCCUAUGUGAGCACUGGGCUAGCAUUGAUCAUGUUGCGAGUCCCCUACGACAGUCCGGGUACUCUGUACUACCGUCUCUUUGAGCCUAAUAGUGAAAUAACUUCACAAGAUGACAAAGGACUCACGGCUCCAUUAACACCCGUGGCGCGUGUCUUGGGUUUGUGUCUAAUGAGCUGUAGCUCGACACUUCGUGAUCAGAAUUGGCGAGAUACGGCAAAAAGGGACCUGCCGAUUUGGACAGCAAGCUUCAAUACCACGCCUUUCAGAGCCACGCAAACUGAAAACCUCGACAACGUGCCAGCCAUCCCAAUUUUCUAUUAUGUCGCCGACAGAAGACUGCAGGAUGCCGACUCCGACUCGAGACAAAAGCGUCGAAUCAGCGAGAAUGCUGAGCCAUCGGGGAUCCAAAAGAACCUUAAAACUAGGGAAAAUGACUCCCACAAAGAUACAGCCCAAUUUUGUACCCAGCGUUGUUUUCUUGGUCUGCAAUAUGGGAGAAGUCUGGACGAACAGUGUCCGAACGUAGCGCUGCACCGGCUAGGUGCAAAUGGCGACCAUCACCAGAUUCUUCCUGAAACGUUGGUCCGAAAAAUCGAGAAACAGCUUAAUAAAGAAGUUGGCCAUGGGUGCACGCCCAUCAGUGGCUGCGCGUCAACCGGCCCACUAUUUAAAAUUACAUCUUCGACACUUGGGUAUACUAUGGUUGGCAAAGGAGCCUCAUCUGAUCUUUGGAAGGAAAAAGUCUCUCAUGAAGCAGACAUUUACCGCAUACUUCACCAAGCGCAGGGAUCUGCAGUUCCUGUUGUCCUUGGGACAGUUAAUCUGAGAAUGGCUCACUUUUCGCAUGGAGCCGAGAUCGACCACAUGCUCCUCAUGGCUUGGGGAGGGGAACGGAUCGAGAAUUGCGAGGACAAGUCCUUUAAAAGCGAAGUCAAAAGAUCUGAAAAGGAGAUCCGCUCUCUUGGAGUCAUACAUCAUAAUAUCCAGCCCCGAAAUACGUUGUGGAACCCCGAGCUACGCCGGGCGUUGAUUAUUGACUUUGAUCGUUCGCAACUCGAUUCACUUCCAAUCGAAAAGCGGCAAUUCUUGAUGGGGAAGAAAAUCCGCGACCUCUACGGCCGAAAGCGACCAUCUUCAGUUCCACUCGAGUAA